AUGGAGAACUCCAGCCUGCUGGGUGGCGACGCGCAAAAAGCUGCCCCGAUAGACUUUCUUAUGUCGGACACUUUAAGGCAAGUUGUGGAUUCUCCGGAGGAUGGAGCCAUGGCCGGCCUGGGCUUGGCCAGCAGUGCCGUCUUUCUUGAGGGCAGCGCAUUCAGAACUGCCGCUGGAGCGGAGUUUCUGGCCGCGCCGCCGACGGAAUCCUCUCACCUGAUGCCUGCCUUUUGGGAUUCCCCGCUCAGUCACGGAAUCAAUGUAUUUGUGGGACUCGUCCUCUGCUUCACCAUGCUGGGACUGGGCUGCACGGUGGAGGUUAGCCAGCUUGGAGAACACAUCCGCAGACCCAUCGGGGUGCUGCUGGCCCUGGUGUGUCAGUUUGUUAUCAUGCCCUUGGUGGCCUUUCUGUUGGCUUUAGCCUUCUCUCUGGAUGAUGUGGCAGCGAUGGCUGUUCUCCUCUGUGGCUGCUGUCCCGGAGGAAACCUGUCGAACAUCAUGUCUCUGCUGGUGCACGGAGAGAUGAAUCUAAGCAUCAUCAUGACCAUAUCGUCCACUCUGCUGGCGCUCGUGCUGAUGCCGCUGUGUCUGUGGAUCUACAGCCGGGCCUGGAUCAACACACCUGUGGUCAACCUCAUGCCCUUCGGGGCCAUCAUCCUGACCCUGUGCAGCACUCUCAUCCCCAUCGGUCUGGGAGUUAUGCUCAGGUACCGCUACACGCGCGUGGCCGACAUUGUUUUAAAGGUCUCCCUGUGGUCUCUGCUCGUCACCCUUGUAAUGCUCUUCAUCCUGACUGGAGCGAUGCUGGGGCCGGAGCUGCUGUCCACCAUCCCGCCCUCUGUCUACGUGGUGGCUGUCCUUAUGCCUCUGUGUGGCUACGCCGCGGGCUACGGCCUGGCCGUGCUCUUCGACCUGCCGCCCAACAGCCGCAGGUCGGUCUCCCUGGAGACCGGCUGCCAGAACGUGCAGCUGUGCACUGCCAUCCUGAAGCUGGCCUUCCCCCCUCAGCUGAUGGGAGGGAUGUACAUGUUCCCUCUGCUGUACGCCUUGUUCCAAGCAGCCGAGGCCGGCGUUUUCAUCCUGGCCUACAGGAUGUACAGGAAGGAGGUCCUCCACAAACCAGAACGGAUGGGGGACAGCGAGGACACGGAUAUAACAUAUCAAAGGUUUCACGAUGAUGAGGACUUUGACUCAUCUUAUGGUGCUGUGACAGUGAGUGACCCAAACACCAUCAUGUUGGACCCCUGUCCUCCUGAUCCAACCCCUGUUUAA